AUGAGGUUCAUGAGUCUGAAGGCUGCCGGCUUCCCUUUGCGCUUGCUUCCUCGGUGUGUUCCGUCUGGGGGCCUGGCGGGUCGGACGUGUUCUGCCUGGCACAGUGUUCCUGCCGGUACGCCAGUAGCAGCCGCACUGGGAGACUUCCAGUGCUCCGUCUACUCCUGCAUGAGUGCACCGACAGAUGCAGUUCUUAACAUCAGCACGUCAGCCCAGCUGACCCACUCCAUGCCCGCUGACUUCACACCUCCAGAUUCUCCUCAUCUUGAGUCGUCCGUUUCUUACUUUCCCUACUUCGACUCCUCGUACUUGGCAGUGGCUGCGUCGCUCAAUGGAGGGAAUGUGCUCGCCACGUUUGCAGAGACGUUGAAGUCUUGGAUGAGAGAGCUCGGUGUGGAGCUGACAGACUCGUGUUUGUAUGAGAAAUUGAUCACCUGCGCCCUGAAGCAGGAAACCAGUGACCUGAGGGUGAGUCCCACCAUCUUGGGGGAGAGGCAUGCCCCUCUGAGCCUGGGUCAGGUGACCAACAUCUCCACCUCCAAUCUCUCCCUGGGUCACAUGUUCAGGGCGCUCUGCUGUGGCGUCCUGACAAACAUCUCCUCCAUGAUGCCCGCUGAGCGUCUGCAGCAGGCGGGGGUCCUCAGGAUCGUGGGAAGCGGGAGCGCCCUUGCUCGCAAUCAGGUGCUCCGGCAGGAAGUGGAGAAGGUGUUCCCUCUGCAGGUGGUGUACGGACAGAACGCAGACUCUGCAGCCGGCGUGGCCAUGGUUGUCUACGACAGGCUUUGA